GGGGUCCUCUGUCCCAUCGUCUCUUAUAACAGGAAGAUUGAAGUCGAAGGUGGUUGGCGAAGAUGCCAGAAGGGAUGGCGGACGGUGGGAGGAAGCUCGUGACUCUCGAUGACCUCAUCGAUGCCCUCGACAAGCGUGAAAGGGCGCCAAGCAAUGUCCCAAAGGUCGAGACUUUUCACUUCAAGGGGGACAAGGUAUCCGACUGGUUGGAUCGGACAGAACAGGCACUGGUGGGACUGUCAGAUGAGGUCAAGCUCCAGCGGGUCCUGAGGUACGUCCUGCACAACCACCAUCGGGAAGUGACUAAGGUUGUGGAUGCCGCCGGUGGCAGUUGGACAAAGUUUGGGGAUCUAAUGCGAAGGAAGUACAGGCUGGGGGACGGCCUGUUGACCAUGGCCGACUUGGAGGCCAUGAACAAGGAAGACUUCUCUACCAUUGGGGCGUUCGUGCACGAGUUUAAGAAAAGGGCGAGAAAAGUUCACAAAAUUUAUGAGGAGGCGCAGUGCGCCACAUUUCUGGGACUGCUUACGGGCUCGGAGGCCACCGAGCUAACCAAGCAUGGGGAAGGGAGCGAGAGGCUCACCUGGACAACCAUUGACAAGGGAGUGGAAGAAGGGAGUCUAUACCAGGUGGAACAGCACCAAAUAAGGCUGCAAAGGCGCAAGAGGAAGGAGAGGGAUGCUACCGCAUCCGGGACCCCAGGGGUAAAAAGAAUCGUCACGGAUGUGUUGGCAUCACUAGGGUAUGACAAUGAAGCGGAGAUACAGAAAAGAGGGGUGCCAGUGGCCCAAGGCCGGGCGUCAGGGGCAAUAGAGGAGCAGGCUGGGCAAGAAGACUACGGCGGAGGGGAGACAGGCUCCCAGGCCCACGUGGGGCACAUGGUCCCCUAUUCAGGCCCAUCAGCAAGUAUGGGAACCCCGAGCUACCUGGCGACUCAAAGCCAGCCUGUGGCUCAACCGCCACCCUCCCAGCAGGCCUCGCAAGCUAGUGUGGCCGGGGGAGGGGGCCAAGGACCAGGCGGGCAGGGCAAUGGAGGCCGGGGCCAAGGGGGUAGAGGAGGGGGCGGCCGGGGGCGAGGAGGAAAUGGAGGAGGUAAUGGAGGAGGUUGGAAUGGUCAAGGGCGUCAGAACCAAGGUGGCCAAGGCAACCAGGGAGGAGGCCAAGGGUAUGGGAGGCCCCGCUUCGACUGGCGGAACGCAACUUGUUGGCAUUGUGGCGAGGUGGGCCACACUGUACGAUUCUGCCAACAGCGGCGGGACGACGAGUUGGCAGGAUUAAUCUCCACCUAUAUGGACGGGGAUAUAUACGACCGGUGGGGAAAGCACAUUGAUCCCAAGACCCCGGGAGGAAUAAGGCAGGAAGCCCUCAGGCGGGCAGCGUCAGGGCCUCCAGCAGCCCCAACAAUGUUUAGGAUAUGGCAGGAAGGCAAGACCCCGGCGAAGAAGUACGCGGUCUGGGUGGAGGAAGGCUUUGACGUGGAGCGAAUGGUGGAUAAGCUCCUAGAGGGCCAUAACGAUCUGAUGAACUUAAAGGACAUUUUGGCCUCAGCACCGAGGCUCCGGGGCGAGCUGAAAGGGCGGCUUUCGCGGAGGUUAGUGCCCAAUGCCCACCUGAGUUCAAUCCUGCCCAGGGAGAUAGAGUGGACAGAGGCGGGCACCAGGAUGGAUUGGAAAUGUGUGGCGUGUGGGUUGGUGGACCUGAAGGUGAGGGACCAGCCGAGCAUUGCAAUGGUGGACACGGGCGCGGAGAUGAAUAUCAUCCGGGAGCGGGACGCGACAAUGUUAGGGUUGGAAGUUGACCAUUCGGACCAUGGUGUGCUGCAUGGCGCCAACUGCAAGGCCAUUUUCUGCGGCACCGCGUCUAAUGUGAUGGUGGAGAUUGGGAGAGUAAGGGCGCGAACGUGCUUCUUCGUCAUGCCCGAUGUUGACCACCCCAUCCUUCUAGGGAGGUCGUUCCUCUGCCGAACGAAGACCCUAGUCUUCAACAGGCAUGAGGGGACGAUGAUCCUGGCUCUAUCUGAUCCGGCUUGCGGAAACUAUGAAAUCAUCAAGUGUCGGAACACAGGGCCCGGAAGUGGGAGGAACAGGCUCAACCUCGGCUCCUUUACCUUCGAGGAGUCAGAGUACGCGCGACGGAGACUCCGGGAGGAGCAGGAGGAGGAAGGAGCAGGCGAGGUGUUGUCCCUGAGCCUUAAUGAUGUAAAUAAGGCAAUGGAGGUGGUGGCGGCGCAUGAUAUGGCGGACCCGGAGGCUAUAAAGGUGUUGAGGGAGCAGGCAGGGCCGUGCCGCAUCAAGGAUGAGAAUGAGGAAGGGUUGAUAAUUGGCGAGCCUGGCUUCCUUUCUCCCCAGGAAAGGACCUUGAUGGUGGAGACCAUGAAGAGGAGGCAUUGCGCGUACGCGUUUAAUGAUGCCGAGCGUGGGAGGUUGGACGUGGAUAAGAUCCCGAUGAUACGAAUCCAUACCGUCCCACACGAGCCGUGGAACCUGAGGGGCGCGCGGUACCCGAAUCCGGAUGAGGAGAAGAAGGUGGUGGAUUACUUGGAUGGGAAGAUGAGGAUGUACGUGGCGGAUUACUCCAGUGGACCGUAUGCUUCCCCCUGGGUUUGUUUUAUCAAGCCGAACGGAACGUUGCGGUGGGUGCAGGAUCUGCAACGAUUGAAUGCAAUGACGGUGCGGGACGCGGGAGGGUUGCCUCACGCGGACGCUCUGUCAGAGUCAAGCGCAGGAAGACCUAUAAUCUUACUUAUAGACCUUUACUCUGGGUAUGACCAGUUUCCUGUGUACCCACCGGAUAGGCUAGUGCCGGCGCUGCAUACGCCAAGUGGGCUGAUCCACACGAACGUGGCACCUCAGGGGUGGACUAAUGCGGUGGCAAUGGUGCAAAGGCACAUGAUUAGGGUCAUGCAGACAGUUAGUCCACAUAUCACUCAGCCCUACAUUGACAACUUGGCGGUCAAGGGUCCAAAGGAGAAGGAGGAAGACGAAGUGAUGCCAGGAGUGAGGCGGUUUGUCUGGAAGCACGUCCAGGAUAUUGAUCAAGUUCUGGGUCUGCUGGAAGAGCACAACCUGACGGCGAGUGGCCCCAAGUCGAAGCAUUGCAUGAGGGAGGCCACGAUUCUGGGCUUUGUCUGCAACGAGAAAGGGCGGAGGCCAGAUGUGAAGAAGACGGACAAGAUCCUGGAGUGGCCAGUCCCCUUCCAGUCAAUAACGGACGUGAGGAGCUUUCUUGGGACCUGCGGGUUUUGGAGGAGUUUUGUGAAGGAUUUCGCCACCAAGACGGAGCAUUUAAGAAAGCUGGUGCGUCAGGAUCAAGAAUGGGUCUGGGGCGAGGACCAGGAGAAGGCUGUGGAAAAGAUGAAGGGAGAGUUCAGGGAAGGAGGUUUGGUGCUGGGAGCGCCGAACUACGAGGUCACGGAGGAGAAGCUAUUCGUUGUCGAGACGGACGCUGGGCCAACUGCCUUAGGAGGAGUCCUGAUUCAGGCGGAUGUUGAUGGGAAGGAGAGGCCGCCGAGGUUUGAAAGUCGCACCCUCAAUACGACUGAAAGGAAUUACUCCCAGUUUAAGAAGGAGACGUUGGCGGUACUCCAUUGCCUAAGGACCUUCCGAAACUAUAUCUUUGGCAAGCGGCUCAUCUUGAGGGUGGAUCCUAUCGCGCUGGCGAGUUCCCUGAAAAGUUACACUCCAUCUGACCCAACCAUCACGAGGUGGUUGACUUACAUUUGGAUGUUUAACUUUGAGUUGGAGAGGAUUCCCGGGGACAAGAACAGGGCAGAUGGAUUGAGCUGUAUCAACUGGGACAGGGCGAAUCAAGAAUCAAUUGAGGAUACCCUACCAGUUGAUGGGUUCUUGGACCAGGAGGAGGACGUCCGCCUCCUUAUAAAUGAAUGGUCGCUGAGGGUGCCUAGCUGCGUCACGCAUCCUAUAUGGCUAGCACCAAGGGGGUAUGAGCAGAAGGAGGAGUUGGUCCUCAAGCCCUUCCAGGAAGAAGAUCCGUGGGGGAGUAGGGAUGGGAACUUGGACCAGAGGAGCGCAACCAGCUUAGAGGAGAACGAACUUCUCAUUCCUGAGUGCCAGGACGACGAGUUCGAAGAAGGAGAGAUUAGGGAGGUCUUCCGUGCUGAGGAGUAUGACGGAAUUUAUCGGGAGUUGGGGUUACUCCUGUCUUACGAAAUGAGGGAUAGGGACGCAAGUGCCAAAGCCCAGAAGAUGAGACAUCUCUAUGUGGUAAGAGAUGGCCAUCUGUUCAUAAAGCGACAAGUUGGGAACCCAAAGAGGAUCGUAUGUGGGAGAAACCGUCAGAUCGACGUCAUAGCAGCCUUGCACGAUGGUAUAGCGGGGGGGCACAGAGGGGUUAGUGCCACGUGCGCAAAGAUAAGUGAUCUAUACCAUUGGGAUGGGAUGCUGACUAUGGUCAUCAAGUACUGCCAGUCCUGUGUACCUUGCCAACAGAGGUCGGCGCAAAGGCCUUGGGAGCCUCUGCACCCCAGGUUGGAAAGGGAAGUGGGUGGAAGUAGCUAUAUCUUCGACGCACUGGACAACCUUACCGGGUUCGUGGAUGGUCGGGCUAUUCAUACGAAGACUGACCCAGUUUUAGCGAGGUGCAUCGAAGAAUACUACCUGCGCUAUCCAUUUGUCAGAGAGUUUGUGAUGGACCGGGUGUCGGAGUUCACUUGUAAUGAGGUGCAAACCUUGCUUGCAGGGUAUGGCGUGGUAGCAAAUUACACUACUGCCACGCACCCCCAGGCAAACACGCCUGUGGAGAGGGGGCAUAGUACCAUCACGAAUCUUCUGGCCAAAUGGACUGAAGGAAAGCCUAACCAAUGGCCGAAAUUCCUGAGAGAAGCAUUCUUCGUGGAAAAUGUUACAGUGAAAAGGACUACCAAGUAUGCGCUAACCACACUAUGGUACGGAAGGCAUGCCACCUUUCCCAUAGAAAGCUUUAUGAAGACGUGGAGGCGCCAGGAUCUGGAAGUGAACCUGUCCUUUGAGGAGCUGCUCGAUAUACGAGCACGGCAGAGGUUGAGAGCUUCCCCUAGGGGGCGUGAUGGCAUGCCCAUUCGAUUGGAGGAGGGAAACGCAGAUGAGUUCAUCCCCGCAUAUGAGCACUACAUGUUGAGUCUGGGGGUUGCGCAGGGGGAAUGGGUGCAGGCCCUACUUAUCUGGACGAGGCAAGCAGAGAAGCAGACGGUCAAGCAGAUUCAGGAGAGGGCUCGAGACUGGGAGGACUGUGAGGCCCAGCUUAGGAGGGCGUUCGGACGGCCACAGCACGAGAGGCACGAGCCUAGGGUUGAGAGGCGACGGCGAAGCAAAAGGCCAAGGGAACCAGCACCGAGAGAGGCAGGGCUGGCCAGAGAGGGGAGGGGAGCCCCAGCCCAGCGGGAGGAUGAGCCCAUAGGGCUCGCAUUGGCAAGGGAGUCGUUCCCUGCUUGUGGCCUCCGGGCGGUUGAGUUUCGGCGGAUUACGAGCGAGGAGUUGAGGCCGCCCUCGCCAUUGCCAUCAACGCAGGAGCUGGACAUACCAAGAGAGACGCCAUUCCGAAGCUUAGCGACUCAUCUCGAUGUAUCCCAAUGGGAGGCCUCACGCCUGGGAGAGGGCUCAGUUGAGCCGGCAUGCUACGUGCCACUGGAGGAGCCCCUCGACCAUGAGAUGGAGACAGACAUGCGAGACCGAGAGGAGCCGCAGGAUCAUGAGAUGGCAGCCGAGCGGCCGGAUCCGGUACGACCUCAGGGCAGAGAGGUGAUCACGGUUGGGGACGAUACCCCUCCAUGUUCCCCAGCUCCAGAGCCAGCACAGCGUUUAUGGCCAGAGGGGAUUCCUGAGCCAGACAGUGAGGAGAUCCCGGAGUUUCCCCCUGAGGCCACCGCGUUACCGGAGCAGGAGGCAGAGGCGGAGGGUCAGGGAGGAUGGAGGUGGAGGCAUCGACUUCAGGAGGUCAGGGGCCCAACAGAGACCCGUGAAGAGAAGUCCACCCGAGUGAGGGCCCGUCUAGACGAGAUACACGCAAGACAGGCUGAGAUGGAGGCGGCGGGGAUAGAGCCGACACCGCCGGUCGAGCCCAAAACGAGUGAGCAGAGGAUCGACGAGUUGUGGGCUAGGUAUGWGAGCCAGAGGGAUGCAGCCCGCCAGAGGUCACGAGAGGCAGGACGGGCGGACGAGGAGACGAGUGAGUUGAGAGAGAUGGGGGACCUGGGGUUCUCCGCGACCAGGCAGGCGAUUGAGCGCAUGGAUCGGAGGGUAUGCGAGACGACAGUCACAUCUUUCCAGUGGUAUAAUCUACUCAGCAAUGAGCUCAGGGUUAAGGAGCUGGAGGUAGAGCACCUGACUACUCAGCUUGCCGAGGAGAGGGCGAGGAGCCAGGCUAGAGAGGUUGAGUGGGAGAGGAGAUUUGGGGAGAUCGCGGCUGCUGUGGAUAGGCUCUCGGUAGCCUGGGAGGCUAGCCAGAUGGGGCGAGCCGGUGCCGAUGGAGAGGGUCGGGGGAUGCGCGCCUCGCCGAGCCAAGGAGCAACAGUGGAGGUCCCUCGACAGGGUGAGCCGAUGGAGGAGGUGCCCUUGGACGCAGUUGAGGAGGAGAAUGGCGCGCAGGAGUCGCUCAUGGCUAUGUCCACGGAGAGGAGAGUUUCGCGCUUGCAUGAGCUGGCGGCAGCCAUGAGGAUAGGCACUCCGCAGGAGGGGCCUCAGGGACUUGACGCUCCAGAGCAGGCCCCGAGAUUGGGAGAGUUGAGAGCGGAGCUGGGCUCCUGGGCCACGAAGACGGACUCAGGAGGGCCUGACUCGCGACUGCAGCAGCAGCAGGAGGUUACUAGUGAGCCCACUGCCAUGGUGGACUCUCAGCCGUCGGGAGUAUGUAGGGAUGAGGCGAUGAUGACAGAGAGGGCGCAUGAGGAGGGACCUCGAGAGUUGGAUACGCCAGAGCGCGGGCCAGAGAGUGUGGUUGCACGAGGGGGUGAGGGUGUUGAGGUUAUGGAGCCUGGACCUCAGGGCCAUGUGGGGUUGCCCUCGUGUCAUGAGGUGACUACUGAGACCGUGGGGAUGCCUUUGGCAUCGAGUUCGCAGGGGAGAAAGAAGAAGAUUGCCAGGUGGCACGAUACCUCCUGUUUUUGGUGCAAGGAGGGAGGGCAUAGAGUCGUGGACUGUCCAGAGCUCCUUGAGGAUAAGGCCAAGGGGCGAGUUGCGGAGGUCGACGGCAAGUUCUAUGACAGACAGGGCAGGAUAGUGGAGCGAGCUCCAGAUGGGGGCAGGGCUCAGUUGUAUAGGCAGAACCAGGAGGAAUUGUGUAAGUUGGGACCAGUCUGUCUAUAUAUUGGUGGGACUAGAGAUCCGUGACACACACAGGGCGGGGUUAGGGGUGUACAUAUUUUGAGUCAGUCGAGCGGGCCCUAGAUGUGUGUGUGCGUAGAAGUGGUGGGGUGAGUUUCUAUCCGAUUGUACAUAUGCGUUUGACUC